AUGCCCCUCACCAAAGGCCGCCUGCAUGGCAAACCACUGACAUGCAAAAGUAAACGCGCCCAAGAACUCAUCGGAGUCGAGCAGCAACAGGCUGCCCUCCAGCUCCUCCACGAACAUGUCACCUCGAAGCGGACCCGUAACAGCCCCAUCGCCUCCCUCGAGCCGGUCAUGAUCCUCUUCGUCGAACUCUGUGUCGAUCUCCGCAAAGGCAAACUCGCGAAGGACGGUCUGUACCAGUACAAGAACACCGCGCAGAACACCAAUGUCGGCACUAUCGAGCUUGUCUUCAAGCGCUUCAUCGAACUCGCCGAGCAAAAGGUUACCGAAGCCCAGGCCAAGGCAGACGAGGUCCAGUCUACCCUCGAGACCUCAACACAAACCCAGAACAUCGACGAUCUUGAGGCGUCCGAGACCCCCGAGUCAAUCCUCCUGUCCACAGUAUCCGGCGAGCAGUCCCGCGACCGAACCGACCGCGCCAUCGUUACACCCAUGGCUGAAGUUCCUGCAUUCCAGUUCUGCUCCAAGUAUGCCCGCAAGACCGAGUUCCGCCGUCUUUGCGAGCUUCUGCCGCAACCAUUUGCAGAAUGCUGCCAAGUUCUCGUCACAGAUGCAUGCCAUCAACCUCUCGGACACCGGACACUCUGCAACGCCACCUUGAUACCCCGCUUCCAGCAGCUGAAUGUCGCGGUCGAGUUGGAGUUAUGGCAGGAGGCUUUCCGCAGUGUCGAGGACAUUCACACACUGCUCAGCUUGAGCAAGCGUCCUGCUAAGAAUGUCAUGAUGGCCAACUACUUCGAGAAGCUCACCCGUAUCUUCUUGGUUAGUGAGAACUACCUCUUCCACGCCGCGGCCUGGAGCAGAUACUACAACCUCCUCCGCCAGUCUGCCGCUGCUGUGGCAUCCGGACAGAGCCCAAAGAAGGACAACCCGGCCGUCACCGAGGCGGACAUGACAAAGGCGGCUUCAUUUGUCGUCCUGUCCGCUCUCGCCAUACCCGUCAUCAGCACAUCUCGUUCCCGAGGAGCUCUGGUCGACGUCGACGAGGCACGCAAGAACAAGAACUCCCGCCUGACCAACCUCCUCGGCAUGUCUCAGGCUCCUACCCGUGCUAUUCUGUUCAAGGAUGCUCUCAGUAAGGGUCUGCUUAAGCGUGUCCGCCCCGAGAUCCGCGAUCUCUACAACAUCCUCGAAGUCGACUUCCACCCUCUCUCGAUUUGCAAGAAGAUCUCGCCAAUUCUUGCACAGAUCGGUGCUGAUGAGGGCAUGGAGAAGUACGUUGGCCCACUCCAGCAGGUCAUCCUUACCCGUCUAUUCCAGCAGUUGUCUCAGGUGUACGACUCGGUAGAGAUCAAGUUCGUGCUCGAGCUUGCGCAAUUCCCCGAGCCAUUCCACGUUAGCAGUGGCACCAUUGAGAAGUUCAUCAUGAACGGCUGCAAGAAGGGUGACUUGGCCAUCCGAACCGACCAUGCCACUGGUAUCCUCACAUUCGACUCGGACGUCUUCUCAUCCGCCAAGGCCAUGCACCCUGGCUCUGGCGCCGGCUCUGCCGAGACUGAGACCCGCUCUGUCCAGCGCCUGCAAAGCACACCUGCUGAGAUUGUUCGGACUCAGCUCACCCGCCUAGCAAAAUCUCUCUUUGUCACAUGCCAAUACGUUGAUCCAUCAUUCAACGCCGACCGACACAGGGCGAAGGACGCUGCUCUUGCGCGUGCCAAGGAGGGUGCUGAGAAGGAGCACCAGGAUAUCCUUACUCGUCGUGAUAUCAUCUCUCAGAAGAAGGAGGCUGCCUUGAAGGCCCAACAAGCCAAGGAGAAUGAAGAGCAGACGAGGAAAAUGAUCCGCCAGCAACAGCAGAAGGAGGAGGAGUCGCGUCGUCUGGCAGAAGAGCAGAAGCAGCGUGCUGAAGCGCGCAUCAAGCAGGAGCAGCAGCGAAUCCAGCGAGAGGAGAUGGCGAAGCAGAUUGAGGAGCUCAAGAAGACUACCAAGGUUGAUAUCGACCUUCCAGAGGACCUUGCAGAAAUCGACUCCACCCGCAUCCGUAUCCUCAAGCUCCAAGCUCUCGAGAAGGAAAAGGAACAACUUGGCGAGCAGCUCCGUAUUGCCGGAAAGCGUAUCGACCAUCUCGAGCGAGCCUACCGUAAGGAGGAGGUUAAGCACUUAAAGGAGGACUACGAAAAGCAGAUGGAGAGCGACAAGGCAGCAUACGAGAAGGCCACUGCAGAGACGCUCAAGGAGGCCGAGGAGAAACACAAGGCAGACGUCGCACUCAAGCACCGUCUGUCGCGAUUGGUACCAACCUACCAGGAGUUUGUUACCACUGUCAAGCAACAACGAAAGAACGAAUUCGAGAAGCGUUCAAAGGCCGCUCAGAAAGAGCUCGAGAGCAAGAAGGCGGCACGCGUCAAGGAGUUCAGGGAGCGUUUCCUCCGUGAGAAACGGGAACGCGAAGAGGCAGAGCGCCGUCAAAGAGAAGAAGAAGAGCGCGAGCGCGAAGAAGCCGAGGCAAAGGCCAAGGCGGAUGAGGAGAAGCGCGAAAGAAUGCUCGAGGAGAAGGCGAAGAGGGACGAGGAGCGAAAGGCUCUCGACGAAAAGGCACGCAUCCAGCGCGAGCGCGAGGAAGCUGCAGAGGCCAAGCUGGCGGCAAAGAAGGCUGGCCGAUUCGGCGCAGACCGUCCCAUCUCGCGCGACGCACCUGCGGAGCCAUCUUCAGCCGCUGCGCCACCUCGUAUCGCCCUUCCAGGUGGUAAGAUGACCUGGCGCGAACGUGAAGCCAUGAAGGCUGCUGGUCAAACACCUCCUCCCGCUGCUGGUGCUGCACCAGCUCCUGCUGAGUCAGCCUCCCCAGCACCCCCUGCUGAGGCUGAAGCACCCAAGCGAGGCGGAUAUGUGCCACCUGCUCUGCGUGCAGCCGGUGGCGCAGCUCCUGGUGGAGGCUGGCGCGAGCUGGACGUGGGCCUCCUGCACGACCAGAGAGGACCGAGUCACCAGCUACCGGUGGCCGUUUCGAGGCUCCUUCCCGCCGGAGGUCGCAGCUUUGGCGACGACAGGAAAGCAUCUCCAGCCUCAGGCGGUGGAUACGUUCCCCCGUCUCGUCGUGGACAAGCAGAUGGUGAAGAGCGCGAGUCUGCACCUCCGCCAGCGCAGGGUGCUAGUGAUGGAAAAUACAGGCCAGGUGCCUUCAGGCGUACCCCCGGUCAGUAG